UCAAAAUAUUCUCAUAAUUCGAAGUACCUUUAAAGUUAAACCAUUGAAAGAGGUAAAAAAAAAAAUCUAAAGAGAAGAAAAAUUCAGGCUUCCCUGCUUCGUUCUCACGCGUUUUACGUGUUGUCGUUGGAUCCAGGAGCCGACAGUCCCUUAGACCUGCCCCAGAUUUUCUUUUUCAUACUGAAUGCUUCGGUAUAGAGUAGCUUAGAUUCGGCGGUAUAUUGCGAGAUCUGCUUUCAACAUGGCUUUCUUGGAGAGAAAGAUGCCCGGAAUCUGUUCGGUUUUUCUGUUAGUGGCUCUUUUUGCCCAUUGUUCUCGUGGGUUUUACCUUCCUGGGAGUUACAUGCACACUUAUUCGACUUCGGAUACUAUAUUUGCAAAAGUUAAUUCAUUGACUUCCAUUGAAACCGAGCUUCCUUUUAGUUAUUACAGUCUCCCUUACUGCAAACCUCUCGGUGGAAUAAAGAAAAGUGCCGAGAAUCUAGGUGAACUUCUUAUGGGAGAUCAGAUUGAUAACUCCCCUUAUCGGUUUAGAAUGAAUGUGAAUGAGUCACUUUACCUUUGCACUACCAGCCCCUUGAAUGAGCAUGAGGUUAAGCUUUUGAAACAGAGGACUCGUGAUUUAUAUCAAGUGAAUAUGAUUCUUGACAACUUGCCGGUCAUGAGGAUUGCAAAACAAAAUGGGGUUAACAUUCAGUGGACUGGAUUCCCAGUUGGGUACUCUCCGCCAAAUAGUAACGAUGACUACAUUAUCAAUCAUCUCAAGUUCAAGGUCUUGGUUCAUGAGUAUGAGGGCACUGGUGUGCAGAUAAUUGGAACGGGGGAAGAAGGGAUGGAUGUGAUCUCUGAAGCUGAUCAGAAGAAGGCGUCUGGUUUCGAGAUUGUUGGUUUUGAGGUGGUUCCAUGCAGUGUUAAGUAUGAUCCAGAGGUCAUGACUAAACUUCACAUGUAUGACAAUAUCUCUCCUGUGAACUGCCCCUCGGAGCUAGACAAGUCACAGAUAAUAAAGGAACAGGAGAGGAUCUCUUUUACUUAUGAGGUUGAAUUUGUUAAAAGUGAUAUUAAAUGGCCGUCUAGGUGGGAUGCUUACUUGAAGAUGGAAGGAGCACGUGUACACUGGUUUUCAAUUCUAAAUUCUUUGAUGGUGAUUACUUUCUUAGCUGGUAUUGUGUUUGUCAUAUUCUUGAGGACUGUGAGGAGGGAUUUGACAAGGUAUGAGGAAUUGGACAAAGAAGCUCAAGCACAAAUGAACGAGGAGCUCUCUGGAUGGAAGCUUGUUGUGGGUGAUGUUUUUAGGGAACCGGAUUUCCCAAAGCUUCUAUGUGUGAUGAUUGGAGAUGGAGUUCAAAUUACAGGAAUGGCAGCUGUCACUAUAGUUUUUGCUGCCUUCGGUUUCAUGUCACCAGCUUCACGAGGAAUGCUACUGACAGGGAUGAUUAUCCUUUAUCUUUUCUUGGGAACUGCUGCUGGGUAUGCUGCUGUACGACUCUGGAGAACUCUCAAGGGCACUUCAGAAGGAUGGAAGUCCGUUUCCUGGUCAGUCGCAUGCUUCUUUCCUGGAAUUGUCUUUGUCAUCCUCACGGUAUUGAACUUUAUUCUGUGGGGCAGCAAAAGUACUGGAGCAAUUCCCAUUUCUCUGUAUUUCAUCCUCUUGUCUCUCUGGUUCUGCAUUUCUGUGCCUCUCACUCUCUUGGGAGGAUUAUUAGGCACCAGAGCUGAACCUAUUCAGUAUCCUGUACGAACCAACCAGAUCCCUAGGGAGAUUCCUGCGCGCAAAUAUCCGUCGUGGCUUCUCGUUCUUGGUGCUGGGACCCUUCCAUUCGGAACUUUGUUCAUUGAACUCUUCUUCAUUCUUUCUAGCAUCUGGCUUGGCAGGUUCUAUUAUGUGUUUGGCUUCUUGCUUAUAGUUCUUAUACUACUGGUCAUUGUUUGUGCUGAAGUGUCAGUGGUCCUUACCUACAUGAAUCUCUGUGUUGAGGAUUGGCGAUGGUGGUGGAAGGCUUUCUUUGCUUCGGGUUCGGUUGCACUCUAUGUGUUCCUAUACUCCAUCAAUUACUUGGUCUUCGACCUACAGAGUUUGAGUGGUCCUGUGUCUGCUAUUCUUUAUUUCGGCUACUCGAUGAUCAUGGCAAUUGCAAUCAUGUUGUCUACAGGCACCAUUGGCUUCAUCACAUCAUUCUAUUUUGUCCACUAUCUUUUCUCAUCUGUCAAGAUCGAUUAGCAGUUUCAUCAUGAUCUUCAGCUACCGGUCGAAAAAGACUUUGGCAUGUAAGAGGAUGAUAACUUCAUUCAUCAUUUUGAUUUUCGCCGAAGUGGGCUUUGGUAGCUAAUCAUGUGCCACUGUAUCACUAUAAGAAAACGUCUGUCAGAAUCAUUAAAAAUUAUGUGUUAUAUUAGCAUAGUGAUCUGGACUUGAAGUUGCAGUCACAUACUAUCAUCCUGCUCUGCCAUUUUCAUUUCCCUUUUCUCCAGUUUCCUAGUAAUAAGGCUUUGUUGGAUUGUAAAAGCCUGUAUUUCUUUCUUACUGUCGAUCAUAUAGAAAGUUCUCUUCUUUGUCUCA